AUGACAACAUUAUCUACUUGUGCUUCUGAUGGUAAUGGCAGUUUAAAUCCCAUGUCAUUCACAGAUCAACAUGGAAAUGUCUUACUAGAACGUUUACGUUACCAGCGUGAUACUGGUCGCUUUUGUGAUGUUUAUAUUAUCGUAAAGGAUCGUCACUUUUGUGCACAUAGAAACAUCCUUGCUUCGUGCAGUCCAUAUUUCGAUUCGAUCUUGAGAAAUUCAAAAGUUGUCAAAGAACAAGUGACUGUCAACUGUCAAAAUCCCGCAGUUUUUGAACUGCUGCUCAAUUAUAUGUACAGUGGUAGCGUUGUUAUUGAUCGCAGUAGCGUAAUGGACUUAUUAAAACUUGCCAACAAUUUUUUAAUAACUCGAGUAAAAAAUUAUUGUGCAGAAUAUUUGGAUCGUUAUAUGGAUUCAGCCAAUUGUUUAUCUGUUAAAGAGCUUGCUUUAAAGUAUAAUCUACCAGCUCUUUUCAAAAGUGCAUGUGAAUUUUUCGAUAUGAACAUUAACAGAUGCUUGCUGGAAAGUACUGAUGUUGUUGAAUUUUCAUUGCCGCAGUUAAAUGCAUUAUUAUCAGAACCAAAAUAUGCAAAUUCAGUUUCUCCUGAUGUUCAUUUAAAAUUGAUAGUGCGUUGGAUUGGACAUAAUCCAGUGCAACGCGAUUCCUUCUUCAAAGAGAUGUUAGCUGCAUGCUCAUUUGAAUCAGUGCAGUCUGCUACAUUGGAAUAUUUGUUGGAUUAUUCACCGUUCCUUAUCAAUUCUCAGUCAGCUCGAUACACAUUAAUGCAAAUGAUGUGUGACCAUUCAAUGCCAAUGGUUAAAUAUCACGCGCAGUAUCGAACUCUUUCUACUCAAUUUGGCAAUGAAAGUAUGAUUUUUUACAACGAUGCUCCAGGAGCAUUUAGAAGUGGUCAUUCGCAAUGUGUACAACAAAGAGAUGAUUUCUUAGCAAGCGUAAAUCCAGAAAAUGAAAAUCAGCAGUGUGAAAAAAAUGGCGAUCAAGUCCACAAAACGGACCAUCUAGGGAUUCAGGCUCAUUCAAAUUAUAAUGAAGAAACAGGACAACCACCGGUAAUUGGUGCUUCAACUACACAAGAAGUGCUAAGCACCAAAGAGUCCAAUGGCGAUUCUCGUCCAGCUUUGAAGUUGAAAAUUCAUUUGAACUCGAUGAACAUCUUGAAUAAAAAACACCGCCUUCUAGCAGCUGCUGGUCGUCAUAAAUUAUAUCGAAAAUCAAUCUCGACGGCAAACCAAAUUUUAGCAAAACGUCGUGGUAGGCCACCGAAAGUCAAAACAUUUCCUCGAAAUGAAUCUCUGAGAAACGCAUUAGACGAAUCAGGAGCAGAAGAAUUAUUGCCAGAAACUGGAAACACUCCGGGCGAACAAGUUCUGUUCGAAGAACCAGAUGAAAUUGAUCCUUGUUCACUUCAAGAAGAAUCUGAUAAUGAAAUAAAUGGCGAGACCAAUAAUGCAUCUGAGGAAUUCUUCAAAUGUGAUUACUGCAUUUUUAAAAGUCCUAGUCUUACUCUUCUUAAGCGUCAUAUUGGACGAUCUCAUAUGCGAAACAUUGCCUAUGUGUGCCCAUUAUGUGAUUAUGAAUCAUCUUGGAAUCGAGACUAUUAUGAUCAUAUGAAGAAGCAUUUUGCGGGUCCACCCUUCCAGUGUGAUGUAUGCCAGUAUGGAAACAAUUGUAUACAAAACUUAUUAUCGCAUCGUUUAACGCACUCUGAUGAACGGCCUUUUAAAUGCACCAUAUGUGAAUUUAAAAGUCGUUCAAGAAAUCAUUUAAUUAAUCAUGUCCGAAAUCAUACGGUUGAGAAGCCAUUUCAUUGUUCUGAAUGUGGCCGUGCAUUUGCUAUGAAAAGUACUCUCGAUCAGCAUGUAGCUGCUCACUCGGAAAACAGGCCUUAUCAUUGUAUUCAUUGUAAUUUUUCGACUAAAUACCAGAGUCAUCUAAUUUCUCACCGACGAAUACACUCUGGUGAUGUUUUCCAUUGUCACUAUGACAAAUGUUCUUAUUCGUCGCCAAAAAAAAGCCAACUUGCCGCGCAUUUAAGAACACAUUUAGCAGUUAGGUCGCAUCACUGCAAAACAUGCAGUCGUUCUUUCAUAGAGAAAUCUCAUUUGGUGCGACAUGAGAGAAUACAUUUGGAAGACAAGCCUUUCAAGUGUGAGAAUUGCGACUAUUCGUCAUCUAGGCGAGAUAAACUGAAAGAGCAUAUUCAGAAGCACCACAGCAAUUCCAGUGGCGGUAAACAGCACAGGAGAAGAUAUCGACGUGCAAAACAACUGGCGCAGCUUGCUGCACAAACUAAGGAGGUUAUUCAGCGGCCGCAACCAAAUAUGGGGAAUAUGUUCCGACCGAUCCCUUCAUCAGAACUUGAGCCAUCGGAUAACUUAAGUUUAUCUGUUGCUAGUAACGCGUUGCCUCAACAGAAUGCCGAAUUUUCUCUCAACCAUAUUUCACAAUCUCAGAGUGAACAUCGUCUACCACGAACAGAUGGGCAUGCCGAAACAUCUCAACAAUCUCAACAAUCACUAGUAGAUUUCUCCUCGUUGAACACCACAAAUUCUCUAAAUAUUGGACGACCGUCGUCCGCAACUAUGCCUCCAACUGCAGCGAUGUCAGUUUCACCGGCAAUGAGUCUCAACUUUCACAUAGGUGCCAUUAUGGACUCUCCAAUCGAAUCUUUGCGGACACCAGUGCCACGGAGUCCCCAGAGUGUAAACAUACAUCCCGACUUUUUUGAUGGUUCAUCGAAUGGCAACCAAGAUGCUCAACGACCCAUGAGUUUACCACCGUACAGUGGUAGCGGAGGCUUAAUUACCAACAAUCAGAUCGGACCAUCAUGGCCGUGGUGA